AUGGAGGACUUCUUGAAUUUUGCAUAUUUAAUAGGCCAAUGGCAACUCCGUAAAGGAACCUCAGGGGAUCAAUCCAUAUGGGAUGAUAUGAAGAAUACCUUUGAAAAGUUGACGACCCGUAUACAGAAUGAUAAGAACGAGUUCAAAAAACUCUGUGAAAAGGUACACCUUCAGGAUACUACAGAAGGAACUGUGAAAAAAGAGAUCUGCAAAGCACUAGUACAAAUAAAGUUAUUCAUGAGUGGAAUUAAAGUACAAGAGGGGGAUGAAUAUGGAUUCGAGCUGGAGAAAAUAGAAGAAGUGGAGUCUUAUUUUAGGUGUAUGAUUGGGAUUGUAACAGCCUUAAAAUUAUUCAAAGGACAUAGCUGCCUGGGGGAAGCCGCUAAGUAUAUGGUGGACUCAUUUGGGAUUUUUUUGGAUGCGCGGGACAUGAAAGGUGAACAUGGGAAAUGUACGAAAUUUGAUUUCCAAACUAUACAAUUAGGAAAACAAUUCAUUGGGAAGGAAAUAGAAAAGUGGGUACAGGAAGCUAGAGCGAAUGUAGGGAUAAUAAGGAAAACAAAUGACUACAACGCAUGUAAGAAGAGUAAGGAAGGCGGCGGGGCCGGUGCCAAGGGGGAUCAGGACCAGGGGCUUUUUCGGAAGCUGUUAGGCAUAAAUAAUGACACGGAACUGGAGGAAUGGGCUAACACAGAGAACAGUUUAUCGGAGGAAGGUGCAAAGGAAAUAUUGAAGGGAGUGAACGAUGGGAAAAUAACGGACGAUGAUGAUCUAAAGAAUAAGGUCAAGGUCAAAAUUCAGGAAGAGAAGAAGAAAGCAGCAAAUAAAGCAGACACACUCUGUAACGACGAUAAAUUAUGUGAACGUGUCAAAUGUGUAACACAGAAAUGGAAGAAAAAUAGAGAAAGUGAAGGCGGGACUGUAGAAUGGAGCACAAUGUGGGGUGACGUCGUGACUCAAUUGGGGAACAUGUCUAAGGAAGUUAAGAAGAACGAGCCAAACGAAGCCGAUAAGCUAUGCGAUAAUAAUCAAUGGACUGGUAGUUUCUUAAAUGAAAAAGACAGAGAGGCUUGUAGGUUCAUUAACAGGGGAUUAAAGCACAUUAAUGGUGUUCAAAUAGAUCAGUCAGAUGUAAAGGACCAAAGCAAUGCUGAGCAGAAAAGGAAGGCCGCUGACAAUAGGAUGUUUAAACAAACCAUGUUGUGUGCUGUACUCAAUGCUUACGCUGAUCUUCUUAAGGAGAAAUCAGAAAAAAAGUGCCCUGUAGACGAGGGGAAAAUAAAACAAAUGUUUCAGAAAGGGAUUGGUCAGAUGAGUACUUGGUGUAGUGGUGGUAAUUGUCCCGAAUGUAGAAGGGACGUAACUUAUAAAGAUUGUACAGUAGGCGGCGACAACGGCAAUCAAACCAAUGUAGAGAACAAAUUGAAGACAAUGCUUGAAGGUGAUAAGGAAAUACAAAAAACUCUAACUUCCAUAAGUUCUAUAAAUAACUUCUGUCAACGCAUACAAUGCGUAACAAAGAAAUGGUUUACAAACAAUAAGAAUGGAACGAAUCCAACCUGGGAUAACAUGAAGAAUGACAUUAACAAUGAGGCCACAAACAUGUUUAAGAAAAUAUCUCAGGAUACCAGCAAAAGUAUUCCAAAUUAUUGUAGUUAUUCAGAUCCAAGUAGUAGAAGAGUUACGGACCCAGAGAUAAAAGCAUGCGAGCUUAUUACUAAAGGCUUAAAGCAUAUUUAUGGUAUUGGAAUAGAGCAAGAUGAUAUAACCGGUAAUAAGGAAAAAAUUGAUGAAAGUGAAAAGAAAAGGAAGGCCGCUGACAACAGGGAUUUUAAGCAAACUAUGUUAUGCUUAGUUUUGAACGCUUAUGCGGACAAAUUGAAGGAGGAGGUUAAAUCCCCCUGUGAGGUCAGUGAGAAAACAAUAGCACAAUCAUUUGAGGAAGGAAAUAAGGAACUUACGAAAUCGUGUAAGGGUAAAAAUAGUGAGAAGGGUCAUUGCGUGCAGUGUGAUAGGUAUGAUCAAUAUGCAGAUUGCCAAAUAGACAGUGAAAAGAUAGGGGACAAAUUGGAAACAAUACUCAGGAAAGAUGGGAACGUACAACAAACUCUAACUGAUAUAAGUACUAUAAAUAAUACCUUAUGUGAUCGCGCCCAGUGCGUAACAACACAAUGGACUAGGGAUAGGAGACAAGGGGGCCAAAGGAAAUGGGAGUAUCACAUUUGGGACGAUAAGGACAUGGAAAAAAUAUUGAAUGCCCUAUCUGCGGCUAUUGCUAAUGGAUACAUGAACGAAGAAGGUUUAUGCAAGAACAUUGUAGAUAAGGAUAAUACAAAUUCAGAAGCAAAGAAAUUAGCAUGUCAACUUAUUACUGCAGGAUUAAAACAUAUAUAUGGUAUUACGGAAGAUCAGGAGGGCACUACGGAGGAGCGCAAAAGAAAUGACAAAAUAUUUAAACAAACUAUGACUUGUAUGGCAUUAAAUGUAUUCGCAAGUGAAAUGCUGAAGGGAAGAUGUAAAAUCACGGAGGAAAUAUUAACACAAACAUUUGAGGACGGAAAGAGUCUCUACACCACUAUGUGUUCCAAAAGUAAUAAUUGUCAAAAAUGUGGGUGGGACAGUUGUGCAAAGCCUACUUUUAAUAAUAGCAACCUACGGGACAGAAUAAAAGAGGAACUCAAGAAGAAUAGGGACAUAACGCAAACUCUGAAUGCUAUAAAUAACAUAUGUCAGCCUAAACCUGCUGAAGUUGCCAAACCAGAUGCCACUAAACCACCAACAACACCAAUAUCAACAUCAGAAUCAGUUGGAAGAACUGACCCAUCAGCUGAGUCAGAUCCAGCAAAGUCCGCACCCGCACCAGCAUCACGUAACCCAAGUGCAGAAUCAAUAGGUAAGGAAGACAUUGUUGAUACAAGUAAAGGUGUCUAUGUUAAUGGUACUUUCCUUUCGUUCGAUGGCCCUCCAGCAGGCUCAAAGGAUGAUAGUAAGGAUGUUAAUGAACUUUUUCUGAGCACUAAGCACAAAUAUUCUGAUACAGGUGUUGAUGCUACUAUUGAUACGACCCCUUCAGGUACUACGAUUAUUCAUACUCCACGUACAGGAACAGACACCCAAACACCUGAAUCUUCCACCUCAAGUUCAAGUUCAAGCAGUUCUUCUAGUAGUACCAGCUCAUCCAGUCCUACUACUCAAGAUGUUGGUGCUGGUGGCACUGCUGGUGCUAAAGCUAACCCAGCUAACGAUGACGCUGAUAAAGGUUUAGCGAGUACCUCUCAGACUACUACACCUCAUGCUCCCUCUGCCACAAGUCUAGCUCCUGAUCCGGGUCCUCCUCUUGCACCUGUUCCUGGUGGUGAUGCAGGUGGCGGUAGUCAAGCAGGGGCUGGUCCAACUCUUCCGGUUCAUCCUGUUUCACGGAGCAGUACAAAAAUUCUUGUAACACCCAAGACUGCGAAAGUAGUGAACGUAAAGAAGGAAGGGAUGGACAACAUUCCUGAUCUCCUUACCCCAUACCUUCCUACCAUUCCUGUCUUCAUUGGUCUUUCUGCUAUGAGUUAUCUCCUUUUGAAGUAUUCUGCCUUUCUUGGUAAGAGAAGAAAACGUUACAGAAGAGCAAAUAAAAUAUCUGGUCCCUCCUUAGAACAGCAGAUUAUUGACAAUGUGGACGACCAGGCAGAUGGUCCACAUGUAUAUACCUUAGUAAAAAAACGCAAACCUCGUUCUACGCCCAAAAAAAAGAGCAAAAAACCUUCUGGUAGUCGCCGUGCUGGUCGUGGUGGUGGUGGUGUACGUCGCCGCAUGAUUAUUGAUAUUCAUUUAGAAGUCUUAGACGAAUGUCAAAAAGGGGAAUUACAUUCGACGAAGGAGGACUUUUUUGAAAUUUUGGUUGAGCAAUUUAUGGGAAGCGAAUUUAUAAAAAAACACUUUGUUCCUGAGGAAAAGGUUCCAAGUUCAGGUUCCGGGUUUAGGGAGGAAGACUUUAUUUCUGAGGAAGAAUUUCCUGAGUAA